ACUGCUCUAGUAUGUACUUUGAUUUGAAGCAAUAGACUUAAAAUUAUUAUUAAAAAACUGUCUAGAAGUAAAUCAAGGACAACAUCAAUAUCCUUUUGCAUAUCCCAUGUCAUGAAUAUGUUCCGACAUAUCUAAGUGCUUUAUCAUUUAGUAAGUUUUAUUAUAAAUUUUGAAUUUCAUAAGCGUGGUAUUCAUUCAUUACAGUCAAUUCCACCUGUUGUUCAUACUCAACGUCGGUUGGGGAUUUGAGGUUGAUUUUUCGAAAUCCUUUGUAAUCAUGUUAAAUAUGCAUUGUUACCGAGGAUAAUCAAAUUGAGAGCAAUAAAUACUUUUUGUAAAAACUGAAAUAGGGGUUUCUAUCUAUGCCUCUUUCUUGAAGAUGUUUCCAUCCCUCGUUAAUACAUUUCAUGAUACCAUUUCAUUUUUCCCUUUUGUUUUAGGCAUCCUUAAUUUGCUAGUAAUGAUCAUAGUUGCCAUGGGAAUCAAAGUAUCAUGUCUUCCAACACGAAAACUACUUAGUGCGUCGUCACAGACUUGCCCCCCUCCAGUGGCCUACGAGUUACGUCGUGAUGUCCAACAUAUCAUCGGCUUGACUAAUAUUCUUUUGAGUAACUGGACUUGUUCUGUAGGUAGUAGUCUUAUUUCAGACUAUGGUAUUUCCCCAACACCAUCCGUACUGCCAGCCAUUAGUGCAAGUGACUCGGUGAGCUCCCUUGAUAAGUUGAAUAAAACUUUAGUUCAUAUACAGUACUACGAAUCCGUCCUGCGCCUUGUUAAAAGCAGUUCUAAUUUGGAAGAAGUCAGAGGGCAAAACUACACUACACUAGAAAGCAGAUUUAGUCAGAUGUCACGCAAAGUUCAUACAACACUGAGCUCGUGCGAGUGUAAUCUUCCUGCCUCUGGAGCCAUGGUGACGGUCACAUACGAACAAGGAUCCGAUCAAAAUGGAAGGGACUGUUCCGUCCUAAACAACAUCAAAGAGUCAAUGGUUUGGCUUCAAUCUUUUGUUUUUACCAGCGUCAGUGUUAGCAAAAUAGCCACAUCCAUUUGUUCAUAGCAUCUAAGGAAAAUCCAACGUUAAUAGACAACUGCUCUAAAAGAAAGCAGAAAAUCAGAAAAGCAAUCUGGUUAACGUUUUGAAGGAAACCGGAAAAAAUAAUAAGAAAUCAAAGUUUGAAAGUUGUAAUCACUCUAGGUAUGGACACUGUAAAUAAGCCGAGUCGGUCAUGCCGCAGCGAUGUGGCGUUGGACAAUUUUCCUAUUAGCUUCCACAUACAAAACGAUAAAAAGUAUUUUCCAAAAUUAAUGAAUCGGGAUGCCUUUGUUUUUCUUAGAUUUCUCUCAAACUUUCGAUAUUCUGUAUUUGUCUCUCAUUUUUCGUACUCUUGUGCUUCACACGCAGUGGACAUUUAUUUAUUUUAUUACAUGGCACAUGCGUUAAAACAGUUUAUCCUUUUUUCUGAAUACUCAGUAGAUUAGUAAUAACAUGGUCCAUGGUAAUACAUAACAUCAUCUGAGCAGCACAAAAACAGCAUAUCUGACCUUUCGAUACUUCCUUACAUGAAUUGAUGGCCAGCUGUCAAAAUUAACACUUGCUACCUGAAGUCAAUAUCAUUCUUUAUUGCACGAUAUAUUAGCCUUCUCGAGUGUUCAACACUCAUUUCUAACCCAUCAAUCAUAGUAUUUUUAAAAAAACUUCUUUUCAAUGAAUUGAAAGAUAGAAAUUGUCUAGACAGACAUAUUGAUGCAAGUGCGUUAGGUCGUAAACACUUCUGGGAAAUAUAAACAUACUGAGUUCAUUAUCUAUAUUUGUUUCGCUUUAUUCACUAGGUAAAUAACAACAGUAUGAUUCAUAUUCAGAUAAGAGGCAUCAGCCCCCUCCCCCUCCUCCUCCUCUUAAUAUUAUUCGCAUAAGCCUGAUGUAGAUUUAACUUAU